AUGACGAAGGACCAUACUCCACCACCAAACGAUUCAUACGCAAUUCGUGCCGAUGGAAAAUGUGAAUACCCGGAUACGACAGUCGUCUUCACCGAUCAAUAUUACUAUGAUUGCUCUUGGUGGUACGGCUGGGAUGGCCUACCAAUCUCCAACAUUCGCACCAUGUAUUAUUGGGUCCCAACUUUAUACGCUUCAGCAAUGUGCUUUUUUGGUCUUAUCGGACUGUUGCUUACACUUCGAUCCCUCUAUGUCAUACUUCGAUCUGAAGAAAUACCGGGAGCACUGAAAGUCUAUUUAUUUGCUGGCGGUCUCAUUUCGUUAUUCAAAAAUGGACAACUCUUUUAUCAAGCGGAAUGCGUGUACACGUUUGCGAUGCGAGAGGAUGUACGGCCGUCGGAAACAUAUAAUAGAUUUCACUGUAUGAACACCGAAAACUACCCCUAUUGCUGGUUUAUGGUGAAUCAAAUCGUGAUCGCGAUCGGACUCGGACUGCCUUACACAUAUCAUCUGAUCAGCUUUGGAAUGGGAAUGAACAGAUUCUUUGCUUUUCACUUCAAUGGAAAACUCUUGACUUGGGUUAACAUUGCGACCGGGCCUUGGAUCUUGCUUGCCUAUCUUCUUGGACCCGCUUUGUAUGUAACUCAAAUCAAUACAGGACUUUCUGAUUACGGAAAUCGCUUUGGGUACUAUGGAUACUACUUUCAUCCGAUCACCUAUGUGAUUGCUGACUAUUGGGCAAAUGUUUGGUAUCCGUACUGGGCACUGCAUGCUUUCGACAAAGCAACAUCCGUCUUGUGUGUCUGCAUAGCAGUUGUCGAGAUUCUAACGCUCUCCAAAAUCAAGUCCUUGAAAAAUUUUUCUUUCACUCAAAAGGCAAAAGAUGUGCUACUCCAGCAAAAGAUCAUCACUUGCCACCUUUUGCUAGGAUUCUCGUGGAUUUGCCAUUCAUUGUUCGACUACAAUUCAAACGCUUAUCGUUAUCGGGUGGCUCGUUUUGGAAAUUUCUUCACGCAGAAUCUCCCGGCUUUUGUCAUCAGUAUUGGAAUUCCUUUCACGGUAAUUCUCUUCAACCUAUCCGAGAGAUGGCUGCCUAGUUGCUUAAAAUUGGAAACGGUCAAGCUUCCCAAGCCUUUAACUUUCUCCAAAACAAAAGAAAGCUCCAAUCAACCGACGCAAAGCGAAUACACUUCAGCCGUUUUCAGCUCCGUAAACUCAAAAAGCGUGUAC